CCCCUACGACCUUUAAAACAUCACACAGCUCAGGAUCUGAGUUCGGGUUAGGCUCAACCAACUAAAAGCUUCUUUAUUGGGGGGAGUGAGGGAAGAAAGGUGCGUUAACUAAAUUUCCAGUUGCCGAGGUUGUUGCGAAAUUUAACGAAAAGACUUUGUAAACUGAGAUGAGUUACUGAAAAGAACAAAUCUGCUCCUCUUUGAGGAUGCUACGAUGCAAUCGUGGCUCCUAUCAAGUGAGUUUCCACGGAGCUGAGCUGCGGGAGCACCGAGUGCUUCUCCGCUGGCUCCUCCCCCGUCACACCGGCCCGGGAUCGGCGGGGGCUCGGGCGCCGGGUCUCUCCAGCCCGCAGUCGGCCGCGGGUGAAAUCCCUUGCGGAGGCGGGGCAGGCCCCGGCCGCCCAGUUCCUGAUUCUAUAACCGGUGUCUGAGGCUGGCGGCGCCACAGGCUCUGGGACCGUGGGCCGCGAAGGAUGGGCGGGAGCGGCGCUGCGAGCCUGCCCCGAGGUCCCAGCCCGCGGCGGCCGCUCCUCCCCGGCGUCCUCCCCUUGCUGCUGCGACUGCUACUGCUGCCGUCCCGGCCGGGCGCAGGAGCCGGGGCCGACCGUCCGCCCCAUCUCGUCUUCGUGUUGGCGGACGACCUGGGCUGGAACGACGUGAGCUUCCACGGCUCGAAUAUCCGCACGCCGCACCUGGACGAGCUGGCAGCCGGCGGGGUGCUCCUGGACAACUACUACACGCAACCGCUGUGCACGCCAUCGCGGAGCCAGCUGCUCACGGGUCGCUACCAGAUCCACACAGGUUUACAACACCAAAUAAUCUGGCCCUGUCAGCCCAGCUGCGUCCCUCUGGAUGAAAAACUCCUGCCCCAGCUUCUAAAAGAAGCAGGCUACACUACCCAUAUGGUCGGAAAAUGGCACCUGGGAAUGUACCGGAAAGAAUGUCUUCCAACCCGCCGAGGAUUUGAUACUUACUUUGGAUAUCUCUUAGGUAGUGAAGAUUACUAUUCCCAUGAGCGCUGUGCAUUAAUUGACAGUCUGAAUGUCACACGAUGUGCUCUUGAUUUUCGAGAUGGGGAACAGGUUGCAACAGGAUAUAAAAAUAUGUAUUCGACAAACAUAUUUACUGAAAGAGCUACAGCCCUCAUAACUAGCCAUCCACCCGAGAAGCCUCUGUUUCUCUACCUUGCUCUUCAGUCUGUCCACGAACCCCUUCAGGUCCCUGAGGAGUACCUGAAACCCUACGACUUUAUCCAAGAUAAGAAUAGGCAUUACUAUGCAGGAAUGGUGUCUCUUAUGGAUGAAGCAGUGGGAAAUGUCACGGCAGCCUUAAAAAGCCACGGGCUCUGGAACAACACGGUGUUCAUCUUCUCCACAGAAGUGGGAAUGAAUAGCGGUAUUGCGGAUUGGUCCCAAGAGAGACAAGUUCCAAUAAAAUAUAAUGGAGGACAGACAUUGGCAGGGGGCAAUAACUGGCCCCUUCGAGGAAGAAAAUGGAGCCUGUGGGAAGGAGGCAUUCGAGGAGUGGGCUUUGUGGCAAGCCCCUUGCUGAAGCAGAAGGGUGUGAAGAACCGGGAGCUCAUCCACAUUUCUGACUGGUUGCCGACUCUCGUGAAGCUGGCCAGGGGAAGCACAAAAGGCACCAAGCCUCUGGAUGGCUUUGAUGUGUGGAAAACCAUCAGUGAAGGAAGCCCAUCCCCCAGAAAGGAGCUGCUGCAUAAUAUCGACCCAAACUUUGUGGAUAUUUCACCGUGUCCUGGGAAAAGCCUGGCACCAGCAAAGGAUGAUUCUUCUCAUCCAGCAUAUUUAGCCUUCAACACAUCUCUGCAUGCUGCAAUUAGACACGGGAACUGGAAACUCCUCACCGGCUACCCAGGCUGUGGCUGUUGGUUUCCUCCGCCGUCUCCAUACAACGAUUCUGCGAUACCCUCAUCAGACCCACCGACCAAGACCCUCUGGCUCUUUGAUAUUGAUCAGGACCCAGAAGAAAGAUAUGACCUGUCAAGAGACUAUCCCCAUAUUGUCGAGCAGCUCCUUUCCCGCCUGCAGUUCUACCACAAACAUUCAGUGCCUGUGCAUUUCCCGGCACAGGACCCCCGCUGUGACCCCAAGGGCACUGGGGCCUGGGGCCCGUGGGUAUAGGACUUCUGGCAGCCUGGGGGAGCCAGACCACCUUUUCUGUCACAAGUUAGACUUCAGGCCUUUACUCCUGUAUCUCGUGUCUCUCCCAGCCUGGGUUCGCCUGGUCCUUCUCUUGUUUCUGAACCACACUGAGGAAUCUCAUUUCAAACCCCAGUGCAUAUAAGAAGCUGAUAAAACCUGGAACGGUCCUGUUGUUGGCUGGGGUGUGUGUCUAGAGGAGAGGGGGGCUGAGUUCAACCCCUUUUUCCUGAGUGUGGGACAGCUGGGAACUUGACUUGAAAUAGGAAGUUCUCGUUGAGUCCUAGAGGCUGGAGCAGCUGGCUCUUUUUGCCUCACAAGUCAGAUGUUACAUUUCCCCCUGCCAAUAGCUGGGUUUUAUUGGAGUGCCUCAUGUUUCUUGUAACAAAUGUGGGGAGCAGACAGUUUUUAAUGGUCCUGUUGGCCAGAGGAUCUCCCUGUCUGCGAGAUAUCAUGUGCAGGCAUUCCGUGUGAAUAACCCCCCUGGCUCACCCCUCACUCCGUCACUCAUCUCGUCAUGGAGCAUAAGGCCCAUUUCAUAGUUACGGUCAGCAUGGCAAUAUGCCUGCUUCUUGGUUUGGGUUAUUACAGUAAAGAAAUGUGUUUUUAUCCCCAGUUUUCUUUUUUUUUUUUUUCAUAGCCACUACUCAUUUCGUCUAGACUUCCUGCUACCCCCUCUCCCCUGUGGUUCUUUUCCUAACCUCCCUUUGACUCAGGCAUCCUGUGCCCGGGAAGGCUGCCUUGCCUCUCCACGCUGAGCACCAUCGGUUUGGGGAUCUCUGCUGGGGCCUGCCUUCCUCUUGCCUCCACUACCGGAGCUGGAGCCCUGCCCAGAGAAGGUGGUCACAUCUGGCUCUGCAUGCAUGCUCGUGGUAGACACGAAGGGGCCGGGUGGGUGAUGCGUGGGUCUGUGUCAUCUGUUUGCUGAAGACUAUUCUAAGUUGCAUGGAAUUAAUUAUGAAUGUGGCUGUGUCUCAUAAUAUAUUAAGACUUGCAUGCUAUUCCCUAGCUAGGAGGAGAAACCCUGGGAAAUGGCCGUUUUGUCCCAGGGUGAUGGAGGGGGGCGGUUUGAAAGGAAAUGGCCAGCAUCUGAGAUCCUGGGCCUCAGUGAAGCAAAGGACAGCACGUCCACCUUUCCCUAUUCUCCGUCUUACUGCUUGUAUUGAGGUUCUGGGGUUGGGGAAACAGGAUGAGGUUUUACUUACUGGCCCUUUCUCAGUCUCGCGAAAGUCCUGCUAAUGCAGAUCAGUACAGAUGCGCUCUGAAGAAUGUCAGACUCUGAAAAAUAUGUGCCAAAACUCUACUCUUUUUUCCAUUAGCGGGACUCUUUGGUUCACUGGUGUCCCCACUGCCUGGACCGGUGCCUGUUACAUAGAAGGCGGUCAAUACUUUUUUUUGUUUUUAAUGAACGAAUGGACAGUUGAACAAAUGAAAGAGCGGCACACCGUUAAAAAUCCAGUGAGCUAAAUACAGGUUUAGAGUAAAUAUCCUCCAACUGUUGCUUUUCUGUUCCCAAGCUGCCCUCCUGGGGUAGGAGCAUAGUCUGCAGAUCUGGACAGUCAGAGGACGCUCCAAAGUGAAGCCAUAAUACCCUCUCCAGGAGGGAAACGGGGAAGCAUGCCUGUCGAAGAUACCCUUUUGGCAAUAACCCUCAGUUCUGUUCUUCAUAGGACACUAGAAACUAAAACCAGCAAAUAAUAUGCUAUAGGUCCUUGUAUAGCCACCCUUCAAUUCAGUAGCAAUAUUUUCGGGUCACUACCAAUUUGUAUUGUAUUAAAAUAAGAUGAUUGGAAGGAAAUGGUGCUAGAACUAAAAACACCUGUUACCAACCUUUACCCCACGCCCGGGUUGGCAAACAGCUGGCCCAAAUGCCAUCAACUACCACUCCCUCACCUGUGGCAGAUACUCUAACUGAGCCCGCGUGUUCCUCUGGAUCCUUCUAAUCCCAGUGUCUAUUAAUACCAUGAGAUUAGAGGCCAUCACUAUACGACAGCCAUUCACCCUCCACACCGUGCUCCCAGGGCUGUCCCCAGUUCCAGUCCCUUGAUUGCCAAGUACAACAUGGUGUUCUGUACUCAGUGGAUUUACAGGGAGUUGUCAAAACUAGUUGUUGUAAAACUUUUAUUUGAGAUUUUAUUUUAUCCAUUAUAGAAUGCAUCUCAUUAGGUUUCUCUUUUCUGUAUAAGAAUGUGAACAGAUUCACAUUGAGGAUGUUUCUUUCCGGGUUCAUUUGCGUUUAAAGAAAAGUUUUAUUAAUUUAAUUGUUCUUCUUUGCUACUACCUGAUCAUUUCAUAUCUGGGGAACAAAAAAUUUUUUUUACCCUUUAAAAUUUGUCAGCCGUGAAUAGGGAGUUUCCAUUUGGGUGAUGAAAAAGUUCUGAACCAGAUAGUGGUGAUGUUUGCACAACAUACCUCUGAAUUGUAUGGCUUAAAAUGGUUAAAAUGAUAACUUUUAUGUGUUUCUUGCAACCGAUUUUUAAUGUGUUGGCCAGUUUUGUGGUAUGUAAAUUACAUCUCAAUAAAGAAACAUAGCAAAAAUA